GCAGCAGCGCGCGCUCGAUGGGAGAGAUGAGACGGCUCUAAAGGCGCUGCGAAACGCCGUCAAUUCAUUUAGCCACGUUUAUUAUUCUUUUUUUUUUUUAUUCCAUAUGUAUAUAUAUUUUUAGAUUUUGAUUUUCGGUAUGAAAUUAACAUGCCACCUUUAUUGAAUCGCCACGGCAUGUGGACAGCUUAAUAAUGUUUUCAAGCGGCACCUCGGGCUCGGAUUGCGGCAGCUGCAGAUGAAGUGAGAAGCCUGCAUCACUGAUGCCGGAUGCUGAUCACCUCUGGCUGUGCUCAGUCCGUGCGUGAGCACUAAGAUGAGCGGAGCGGGAGAGCAGGCCGACAUACUGUCGGUGGGGAACAUGGUCCGGGACCGAUGGAGGGUGAUUAAGAAGAUCGGUGGUGGAGGCUUCGGAGAGAUCUAUGAAGUCCUGGACCAGCUGAACCAGUGCAAUGUGGCUCUUAAAGUGGAGUCGGCUCAGCAACCCAAACAGGUCUUAAAGAUGGAGGUGGCUGUUCUGAAGAGGCUCCAGGGUAAGGACCAUGUCUGCCGCUUCGUCGGUUGUGGACGUAACGAUCGGUUCAACUACGUGGUGAUGGAGCUUCAGGGAAGGAACUUAGCCGACCUUCGGCGCACGAUGAGCCACGGUACGUUUUCGCUGUCCACCACGCUCAGGCUUGGCCGACAGAUUCUGGAGGCUAUCGAGAGCAUCCACUCAGUAGGCUUCCUGCACAGAGACAUCAAACCGUCCAACUUUGCUAUGGGGCGACUGAAGACUACUUGCCGAACGUGCUACAUGCUCGACUUCGGUUUGGCACGGCAGUUUACAAACUCCUGUCAAGAAGUCCGUCCGCCUCGUCCAGUGGCAGGAUUCAGGGGAACUGUGCGCUAUGCCUCAAUCAAUGCACACAAGAACAAGGAAAUGGGUCGGCAUGAUGACCUGUGGUCUCUAUUUUACAUGCUUGUGGAGUUUAUGGUGGGUCAGCUUCCCUGGAGAAAAGUCAAGGACAAAGAGCAAGUAGGAAACCUGAAGGAAACCUACGACCAUCACCUCAUGCUUAAACACCUUCCUGCAGAGUUUAGCGUUUUUCUCGACCACAUCUCAGGCCUGGACUAUUACACUAAACCAGACUAUCAGCUCCUGAUGUCCGUGUUUGAGAACAGUAUGAAGACCUAUAAUGUUCUGGAGAAUGAUCCGUAUGACUGGGAGAGGAGUGACUCAGAGGAUUCACUUACAGUCGCUGCUCUAGCAACCACGGGCCAGCAGCUGACUCGACUCACACCAGCGUACUUGGGCAUGGCCAACGCCUCUGCAAUACCGGGUGACAUGCAGCGCGAGAACACAGAGGAUGUCCUUCAGGGCGAGCGGCUCAGUGAAGCAGACAAUUGCCCGCCGAUCCUGCCUCAGCACGCUCAGGGAGCUGACGUAUGGGAGGAGAUGGAACGUAGCCGAGAACGCAACCGCAAUCACGUUCAACCGCAGAUCCGAAAGGUGGCCAGCGAAGAUGAGAGGAAUAAAGAGGGCAAUCAGAGCCCCAACAGCGGCUCGGCGCAGGGCUCUCCGAGGCGGGUACACUCCGAGACCUUACUCAUCGACCGCGUGGCUCCGUUGUUGAGGAGGAUGCGUCACAGUCACAGCAUGGGCCUGGACAAGAGACUGACUCCUGAACCUAAACCUACUAUUGAACGAUUCCUGGAAGCCUAUUUGGGAAAGCAGCGACCAGUCCUACCUCAGGAGAGGAUAGGAUGUCGUCCCGAGCAGGGUUCUCUAGAGGAUGAAGAAGGGGCAGCCAGCAGCGGUUAUGUAGCAGUGAACCUCAGCCCAGUCCCACAAGAGGGUGACUCUCAAGAGUGGGUGCUGGUGGAGCUGGAAGGAGGCAGCGGGUCUGCGUGCUCUAAACCCGACGAGGAGGAGCGCUCCACCAGCCCCCUGGCUCUGCCUCGUACCUGGUCUGACCCCCUGCCUCAGCGAGUCAGCAGCCUCAGCGGCUCAGGAGAACUCCAUGCUGCUCUCUGUCACACCGGACCUCCGUUUACCCGUCUACCCGGGUUGCCAGGUCUAACAGGGAUUUCUGGCAUCACAGGGCUGAGAAGGCUGCCUAGUAUGCAGCCAGCAUCGAUUGUGCACAUUAACAGAAGUCAGCUAGAGCAGUUAUCCAGCACUUUACCACAAUCUAUCCACCUUCAGCAGAAGGGUGAAAGUGAUCCAGUCCAGGACUCUCCAGCACUCGCUGCAGAAGACGACUCCAAUCAUCCCCCAGUGAAUUCAUCACCCAAAACCUCCUCCCAGCCACCUGCCCCAGUGAAUGACAAGCUGAGCCUUGCCAAACCAACAGAGAAAGACGUAGAGAGUGACUCAGGAUGUCCUGAUGUUGGUCCUUCUACGACUCCAAACCAGGGCGAGACAACUGGAGACACAGUCGACGCAGGCCCUGCCUCCCUGGUCCCGGCUUCUCCUCGGGAAUUGUCCCCGCGGGCGAGCCGCAUUCCCGUGCGUGACCCAGACUCUCCCACCAGGAGGAGUUUUGCUCCACUCUCACCCUCCCUCUCUUUAUCCUGCGAGCACUUCCCAUCAGCCCUGCUUCGUGACAAGUUCUCCUUCCCCUCAGAGCGAGGUUCUCGCGCGUCUGACUUCCAGGGAGAUGAUCUGCUCUCGCUCUCCUCCUCCUCGAGCCCACUGUCCAGCAGGAGCAAGAUUCCCAGACCCAUAAGUCCCACGUUGGUUCCAGACCAGUUCUCCUCUCGCUUCCUGCCACGCCCACCUCCCGGAAAACCACCCCUCCGUCCAGGGGGAGAGAACAGGCGCAGACGUUACCGUAUCCGAGCCAGCAGCACCAGCGAUACGGAUCUCCUCGACAACCUCACCCAGCUGAUGCAAGAGCGAGGAGGCGUGGCCAUAUCCCGCUACCAGCGUACCACUUCCUCCAUACAGCGCUCCUUAAGCUCCUCCCCUUCUCGCUUCGAGGGAUGUCACAGCCAAGCGUCGCACAGCGUUUUAGGCUCGCUGCCGUCACGGAUGUGCGAGGCACGAGUCAAACGCGGGGCCGGUUAUUGCAUUGGAGGCAGAGUAGGAAGCCCUGAGAGCAAAACCACUACCAAGGUGAACAAAUAAAAGAAGAAAAGUCUUAAAGACACUAUUCUGAUGGACCAGUGAUGACUUCAUGGAUUUUAAAGGACUUGUUUUAAAAUUGAUAAUAACGAGGGUGGAAAAAAACGAACGGAUAGAAGAGAGAGAUGUGGAAAAUUGUGGCGUGAGUGAAAAUGCAAAUGUAAAAAAAAAAAAAAAUAAUGAAGCCAACAGUGUUGGUUGAGAUUACUUGAAAGCAUUGUAUAUAAGCCAUUUGAUCAUACCUCUGACAUUCCCAUACUGCACUCCACUGCUCAUGACAUUCGAUGUUUCUUAUUCGUUCUUAUUCACGUUUAAAGCGUCCGUCUCUCACAUAUCCUCCUGUGGAAACGUUCAAGCGUCAGGAUUUUUGUUCAGAUUCCCUUGAGGACAUGUCCACGUGCGAUAAUUUUCAGUUUCACGAUCCUCCAAAUGUAGCCGCUCGCCCGUUUGGUGUUUUUGCUUCUUUCAUCAUGCGCAAAAGAGCAACAAGUCUAUCUUGGCUAUCAAGUACAGAAAGUCUAUAACUACUAGUUUAACAUUAUACAAUAGCCUCUCUCAGGCUAAUUCAUCACACACUGCUGCUCUUGGUUCAGUCACACCAGAAAUUAUGCAAAUCACAGUCUAUUAUCAUCAUCACAUGAUUCAUACAUACUAUGACCUUAUAUUAUUAUGAUACAUAGUCAAUCGGCUUCAAAGAUUUGGGUCACAUCUACUACCCGGGUGACACCGAGACUAUCUGCUAUAAAGAAAAAUAAAGUUUUCAGCUCCAUGGUCAUCUUCUGUAACCUUAAACCUAAUAAGGACUAAAUAUGUGUUUAGAAUAUUGAACAAUUCCCACAUAAUAGCUAGAUAGCUCUCACUUAUCAUACAGUAGCAGAGAGUUGAGACGCCAACACGUGCUUUCUAUAAGCCACAGGAUUUUUUCAGAAAUACUGUUCAUGCUACACAGGAGGAAAGCGCCGUCAGCCCUCUUCCGCAUACACAGAGUAUCGCUGAGCAUUAUUUUACAAAUGAUCAUCAUAAUUGUUAGCUCUGCAUACAAGCAUUUACUGUAGACGUGAAUAUGACACAGUGCUCAUGAGUACAUGUUAAGCUGGGUUUAAAAAAAUACAUCACAGAAACCUACUUGUAAAUAACAAGAAAAAAUAAAUAAAAAUACCAUGUCGCUAUAAGACGUAGCUGUGAAUAGCUAAGGCGUGCAUCAGACCUGCGUUUUCACAGGAGUGUAUUAUAGACAGUACACUACAUGUACAGUGUGCCAAUAUAUUUAUAUCAUUUUUACCUAGUCGCUUCUGGAUGUUUUAUUUUUAUUUUUUAUUUUUUUUUUUUUAUUCAAAACGCUGGAAUAAACAUAUAGUAUUUGUUUUUAAAAAAAUUUGUUUUUGCAUACACAUUUACAUGAUUUUUUUUUAAACAUUUUUAUUUAACAUUCAACGUUUUUUAUUAUUAUUUGUCUCUUGCUCUACCCAUCAUUCAUUCUGUAUAAAAAUAACAACAACAACAAAAAAAACAUUAUGUAUAGUCACAUAUGUUACAAGCAAGCAUGUGUAUAUAUGUAUUUCAGGGAAUGUACGUACUGUAAACUACGUUAAUUAUCAUAGAAUGUAUUUAUUUAUUUAUUAGACGUGUUAAGACGACAAUGUAGCCCAGCUGUUUCGUUACUGAGAGGGGGGUUUUUAAUCUCUCUGGCGCUCGAUCAGAACGAAAGCUCUUGCCGGUUCAGACAUCCGAAUGGCAGAUUAGCACUGUGGGGAGAAUCUGUCGCUGUAGCGCUCGGAUAAUGUGACGAGCAAAAAUCAAAAAUCGGCGUGAUAUCGAUUUAAUCCAAAAAAAUAUAUACUAGCUGUACAUUUUUAAUGCUUCAAUGAUGUGUGUCUUGUCUGGAUGAUGAACCAGAGCGUUGCGGAGGUGCAUGUCAGAUGGAUUUUAAAAUAUUAAGAAUAAGAUCAAAUCAGGAUUAUUAAAAAACUCAAGCGAUCUUGUUAACAUCUGUGUUCAUCCCGCUGUAGCUGUGUGUGCUGUGGAGUUAGGCUAGUGCUUUUCCUCUCGAUCUCUGGAAGUACGCAUUUACUUUACCUCCAUCAGUCGAGCCACGCUAUGAUAUAUAAUAUGAUAUAUAUGAUAUGAUAUAAUAACACAGCCUACCAUCUUUAAGCAAUGUACAGAAUCUAAUGUGUAUAUAGAUAUAAAUACGUCCCAAGAAGGGAAAAAAAGCUUCAUGCUUCAUGUAUUUUGCUAACAAACAUCAUUCAGUUACCCACUACAUUGGAAUGUACAUGUAUUCAUAUAAACAUAAUAAAUACUGACG